AUGGCGACGACGUCAUUGAUGAGACAACGGACGCCGUUCUUGGCUCAGUCGGAUGAGGAGACGAGGGAGAUCGUUCUGGAUGAUCACGGUGAGUGAUGCAGCGGGUGCGGUGCACUGGUUCGGGCACAAACGGGUUCGGGGGAUGGUGCUCCACAUUGAGUCUACUACUGCCUCUCGAUGCGGAGGAGAGCACUCCGAGCUUAUUUUGAUGCUCUUUCGUCCUUGUCACAGAACAAGAAGGUCUCGUACAGGACCUGUCGAACUCGCUGGAUCACUCGGCGCUGAUCUGGUCCCGUCUCGUCGCGGCCUUGCUGGCCAUAUCUGCAAUGCGAGUUCGCCUCGGCCCCGGCACUCAUAGCAGCACUCCGAAACUCAAGUCUUUUUCUAUCCCUGUCACAGCGUCCCAUUGAUUCUCCCCAGUCCUACGCGGUCCUUCCUGCUCGCGCUCCUCAUCCGGCUGUGCACCAUCGCCCCGCUCGCAUUCCUCUCCUUCCUCCUCCUAGUCGCAGAACACCAACCUUCCGCAUCCUCAGACUUAUCACCGCCAUCCCCAACAUGCACCACCUCUGCCUCGCCCUCCCCCCCAACACCCACAUUCCAACUCCCCCUCCUGCACGUACUCCUCCUGUUUCCUCCAUUGUUCAUCUCCCUGUUCACCUUUGGGACCGAUUGGAGAUGGUCUACACCACUUUUGACAAUGGGCUUGGGGGUCGAAGUGUCGAGAACUAUCAAGACUCAGCAGGAUGAGUUGAUGGGGUUGCAGAGGCUCAAGUAUCGGUUCGAUGGGGCCUAA